UCUGGUUGAAGUAAUAGCAAAUUCAAUCUCACAGCAGCAACAGAAUCAAUGCAAAUUCAACUCCUAAUUACACAAAAUCAUAGAUCCAGUAAUCCUAAGACACAAACACGCCUUCAAGGCAACAAAAAGAACUAGUAAGCAUCGACAAAUUUCCUGCACAUUGAUAAAAACAGAUCACGGAUCGCUUGAUGAGCAAAUGGUGGAACAGGAUACGUACCCUAGUUCUACCGCCAAAUUUCGCCAACAAGCGGGAUCACGAAUUUCUAAUCUCGGAUUCCUUCAAACUUCAAUUUGACAAGCGAACACAGAUCCAAAAACCGAUAAACACGAAAAAUAAUUACUCAAAACAGCGCCGGCUGCCUCCAUAAUAAAUGUCCACAAGACGUAAUUCCAUUUGCUCUUGAAGGAAAGGAGAUUUCAAGCAGUAAUCCCGACUUUCGCGACGGUAGUGAUCAGGAGAAGGAUGAAUACUCGCUCUUGCUUGAAGGGAUGAUAUUUUGAUGAAAUUUUAUGUUUGUAAAUUGUAAUAUUUAUAUUCAUAGGAAGGGCCGAAUGCAGAAGAGUUGGGCCGAGCCCAAUACUAGGCUUAUCCAGGCAACCCGCCCCAUCUCCAAGUUUCGCGGAACAACAGAAAGCGGCGAUCGUUUUCUUGCAACUAUUUAUUUCCUUUCCUUCUAACUUCCUUUCCAUUUCAAACUUUCUUCUCUGAUCCUUUUCCUCAGGGGCAAGAAAUGGAUAUUAACGAUGUGUUUGGGAUGACCCAGAAUAGUAGCCUGCCAAGAAAGAGUGCAAUUUAUGUUUGGGGUUAUAAUCAAUCGGGCCAGACGGGUCGAAAGGGGAAGGAUCAUCAAUUAAGGGUUCCUAGGCAGCUCCGUCCUGAUCUUUUUGGAUGCCCAGUGGAAGCUAAUUGUCGAUGGCUGGAUAUUGAUUGUGGUCGUGAACAUACGGCUGCUGUGGCUUCUGAUGGGUCACUUUUUACCUGGGGUGCAAAUGAUUUUGGUCAACUGGGGGAUGGAACUGAGGAAAAGAGCAAAGAGCCAAAGAAAGUGAAGCAAUUGCAGAUGGAGUUUGUGAAAUCUGUUUCCUGUGGAGCACAUUGUACUGCUGCUAUUGCAGAACCUCGCGUGAAUGAUGGCACGAUUUCAACUAGUAGACUCUGGAUUUGGGGACAAAAUCAGGGAUCCAAUUUGCCACGCUUAUUUUGGGGAGCCUUCACACCAAACACGAUUAUUCGUCAAGUGUCCUGUGGGGCAGUUCAUGUAGUGGCAUUAUCGGAUGAUGGGCAAAUGCAAGCAUGGGGCUACAAUGAGUAUGGUCAGCUAGGCAGGGGUGUUACAUCCGAAGGUCUACAAGGAGCUCGCAUUAUAAGUGCUUAUGCAAAGUUCCUUGAUGAGGCCCCUGAGCUUGUAAAGAUUACUAAAGUGUCGUGUGGGGAGUACCAUUCUGCAGCUAUAUCUGAAAACGGCGAGGUCUAUACAUGGGGACUAGGAAGUAUGGGUCAACUUGGUCACUGUUCCCCUCAGUCUGUGGACAAAGAGUUGAUACCUCGGAGAGUUGUUGCUCUUGAUGGAAUAUGGAUAAAGGAUAUUGCAUGUGGCGGAGUCCACACAUGUGCCAUUACUCAAAAAGGCUCUUUAUAUGCAUGGGGUGGCGGUCAAGUUGGACAAUUAGGUCUCGGGCCUCAGACUGGGUUUUUUUCAUGUGUCGUGGGUGACUCAGAGAAGUUUCUUCGAAAUCUACCUGUAUUAGUUGUCCCAAAUGGUGUUCUACAUGUUGCUUGUGGACAUUCACAUACUCUUGUUUCAAUGAAGGAUGGAAGGAUCCAUGGGUGGGGUUACAAUAGCUAUGGCCAGGCAGCUAACGAGAAAUCUACAUAUGCUUGGUAUCCAUCUCCUAUUGAUUGGUGUGUGGGAGAAGUGCGAAAACUAGCAGCUGGUGGUGGACAUUCAGCUGUCUUAACAGACGCUUGUUCCUUGAAGGAGCUGUGUGAGUUCAGGCUUGCUGAUACUGUUAACUUGCAGAAUGCUUCCGAAAUAGAAGAUGUUGCAUCCAGAACGGGAUCGGAUGCUUUAGCACGCCUUUGUGGACGAAUUAAGGAGUUUCUACUCGAUGGCCAUUGUGAAUACGAAGAAGGCGAAACCAGUCAUGGAAAGAAAUGAAAUAGAGGAAACACAGAGGACAGAAGAAGAAGAAUUGAAUGCAGUCUGCCAAUAACUUAUCAGUCAGUAUUCUUCUUUCAUUAUUCUCCCAUCAGCAUAGAAAUAUCAAAAUGACUAAAUCUAGGCGGUAUACUGUGUGAUGAUGAAUUGUAUUACUUUUUGGCAUCUGAUAAACAUUGCCAAUCAUGAACUUGAUCUGUAUCAUCAAAUAUACUUAUUUGGUCACAUUGACCAUUUCUCUUCCCA